AUGCUUAAUACAAGCCGUGCACGUAACGGCAUAGAACUUGCCGGAUCCCUCAUUAUAAAACUGCCGACUGACCCGCACCACUCCGGGGCUAUAACGCAGGGCUUGGCGUCCGCACUUCCUUUUAUCCUUGAACUCUCAGUUUGGGAGUCUCAUUCGUUAAAGGCAAGAGCGCUCCGAAAUUUCAAUGUGGCUUGGAUGCACUUCGAGCAGUCUGCCAUCCUAGCGGUACACAGUCACGUCAUAACCCGCAAUCCCCGGAUCACUGUCUCACAUGAAAACCACAGAACUUGGAACUUGCACAUUGCCGAUGUGAAGGAAGAAGAUGGAGGUCGAUACAUGUGCCAAAUCAAUACUGCAACAGCUAAGACUCAGUUUGGAUAUCUAAGUGUCGUAGUGUCGGUGAGAUAUCUCGAAUUUCAUCCUUUCCUAAAUCACGACAAAGACGGUCGCUCUGGGGCAGUUAUAGGAUGA